CAGAGGUCCAUGCCAUUAUUGUGCUUCCCAUCCUUGGCUUCCACAUCUACAGCCCUACCUCUGUUGUAACAGCAUUGCUCUGAGUCUCUGAGGAGCAGGGCUCUCCCUGAUUGAAACAUGUCAGAAAAUAUAUUGGAAAACCUCUUCAUAAAACGAUCGCAGCAGAAGAAGAAGACCUCCCCCUUGAACUACAAAGAGAGAUUGUUUGUUCUCACAAAGGAGAAAAUAGCCUACUAUGAUUACGAUUUCGAGAAAGGGAAACGAAAGGGCUUGAGGGGAACAGUGGAUCUAGAUAAAAUCAAGUGUGUUGAGGUGGUGCUGCCAGAGGCCAAUGCCCCACCAGAACGCUCCCAUGCAUUCCAGAUAAUCUAUGAUGAAGGACCAUUGUACGUCUUUGCACCGAAUAAUGAAGUUCGUGCUGAGUGGAUAAAGAAGCUGAAAGAAAUGGUGCGCUUCAACAGGGAUCUGAUGCAGAAGUACCACCCGUGUUUCUGGGUAGAUGGGAUGUGGCAGUGUUGCCAACAGGAAGUUAAACAAGCUAUGGGUUGCAAGGUUCUGGAUGGUAAGAAUGGUUUCAAAUCCAAACCUUCUCAGCGAAGGGGAUCUAGGAAGCCUCUACCUCCAACACCACAAGAGGAAAAGCCUGCAAGGCCAUUACCUCCGCAGCCACCCGAGCAGCCAACCCAGUCUGUCGACAUGACAGUGAUAGCCGAGUAUGACUACAUGCCCGUGACCCCCCAGGACCUGGAGCUAAGGAAGGAUGAGGAGUACACCAUCCUGGAGAUGUCGGACCCUAACUGGUGGAGGGCUCAAGACAAAUAUGGAAAAGAAGGAUAUAUCCCUAGUAAUUAUGUUGCAGAGACUGGAAGCGGGCUAGAGAGAUAUGACUGGUAUUGUAAGAGCAUGAACCGCAGCCAGGCAGAGAACCUGCUAAAGACAGAGAACAAAGAUGGAGGCUUCUUGGUACGGGAUUCAAGCAAGGUUGGGAAGUACACUGUCUCUCUGUUCAGCAAGGGUGGCGGGGAGAUUGCUGGAAGCUGCAGACAUUACAACAUCUGCACCACUCAACAAGGCCAGUUUUAUCUGGCCGAGAAGCAUUAUUUCAACAGCAUUCCAGAUCUUAUUAAUUACCACCAGCACAAUGCAGCAGGUAUGGUCAGCAGGCUGAAAUACAUCGUGUCAAACCGGGCAGGGCCUCCGUCGACAGCGGGCCUUGGUUAUGGUUUGUGGGAGAUUGAUCCCCACCACCUCACCUUCAUCAAGGAGCUGGGCAAUGGCCAGUUUGGCGUGGUGAAGUAUGGGAAAUGGCAGGGACAGCAUGAUGUUGCUAUUAAAAUGAUUAAAGAAGGUUCCAUGUCAGAGGAUGAUUUCAUAGAAGAGGCCAAAAUCAUGAUGAAGCUCCGCCAUGAAAACCUUGUUCAGCUGUAUGGUGUCUGCACCAAACAAAGACCUAUUUAUAUUGUGACAGAGUUCCUUUCCAAUGGCUGUCUGCUAACCUACCUCAGGGAGGGCCUGAAGCAGCAUCCAACCUCCAUUCAACUCCUGGAGAUGUGUAAGGAUGUGUCUGAGGGUAUGGCCUAUCUUGAGUCAAAGCAGUACAUCCACAGAGACCUGGCUGCCAGGAACUGCUUAGUAGACUCCAAUGGUACUGUCAAAGUGACUGACUUUGGGCUGUCAAGGUACGUCCUGGAUGAUGAGUACACAAGCUCAGCGGGGUCCAAAUUCCCUGUUCGCUGGUCCCCUCCUGAGGUCCUCCUCUAUUGUAAAUUCAGCAGCAAGUCAGACAUCUGGGCUUAUGGUGUUCUAAUGUGGGAGGUGUACACCAUGGGACACCUUCCCUAUGAACGUCUAAACAACUCGGAGAUAGUCGAUCAGGUCUCCAGAGGCCUGCGUCUCUACCGCCCCCAGCUAGCAAAUGACAGGGUCUACAGCAUCAUGACAAGCUGUUGGCAUGAUAGGGCAGAUGAGAGGCCGACGUUCCAGGAGCUGGUGUCGACUGUUCAGGACUUGCUAUAUGAGCUCCAGUAGAUCUUAUACACACACACACACACACACACACACACACACACACACACACACACACACACACACACACACACACACACACACGAGACUCAUUGCUUCUCUCCCAUAUCCACAUACACUUCUUCAUGGAUAAACCUGAAUAAACUAACACAAUCAUUAAAACAGCUCCAAGAAAUUCACUCAAAGAACCUCAUAUUGUGCUCCCAUGCUGAAAUCCUCUGUAAUGUGAAUGCAUUGCUUGUAUUAUAUGGGUAAAAUGAAUGUUAUCUGAAAUGUAAUCUAUGUUUUAUUCAUUAAAAAUAAUAAGUUCAUCAUCAAGCAUAAAUAAAUGUUAGCAUAAAUGUGUAUUUUAUUAAACAUGUUGGAAUUAAACUUUUGU